ACCACCACAACUGCAGCCACCACCAUGCCGGCUCCAACCUCCACAACAGAAACCACCACAACCGCAGCCACCACAUCUCCAGCAGUAACCACCACAACUGCAGCCACCACAACUCCAGUUCCAACCACCACAACUGCAGACACCACCAUGCCGGCUCCAACCACCACAACUGCAGCCACCACAACUCCAGCUCCAACAACCACAAUUGCAGGCACCACCACGCUGGCUCCAACCACCAUAACUGCAGACACCACAACGCCUGCUCCAACCACCACAACUGCAGCCACCACCACUUUGACUCCAACCACGACAAUUGCAGACACCACCACUCCAUCUCCAACCACCACAACUGCAGCCACCACAACUCAAGCUCCAACCACCACAACAUCAGUCACCACAUCUACAUCUCCAACUACCACAACUGCACCACCACGCUGGCUCCAACCACCACAACUGCAGACACCACAACUCCAGUUCCAACCACCACAACUGCAGCCACCACCAUGCCGGCUCCAACCUCCACAACAGAAACCACCACAACUGCAGCCACCACAUCUCCAGCAGCACCACCGCGCCGGCUCCAACCACCAUAACUGCAGACACCACAACGCCUGCUCCAACCACCACAACUGCAGCCACCACCACUUUGGCUCCAACCACGACAAUUGCAGACACCACCACUCCAUCUCCAACCACCACAACUGCAGCCACCACAACUCAAGCUCCAACCACCACAACAUUAGUCACAACCACUCCGGCUCCAACCACCACAACUGCAGACACCACCAUGCCGGCUCCAACCACCACAACUGCAGCCACCACAACUCCAGCUCCAACAACCACAAUUGCAGGCACCACCACGCUGGCUCCAACCACCACAACUGCAGCCGCCACCACUUUGGCUCCAACCACGACAAUUGCAGACACCACCACUCCAUCUCCAACCACCACAACUGCAGCCACCACAACUCAAGCUCCAACCACCACAACAUUAGUCACAACCACUCCGGCUCCAAUCACAACAACUGCAGACACCACCACUUUGGCUCCAACCACCACAACAUCAGCCACCGCAACUCCAGCUCCAACCACCACAACAUCAGUCACCACAUCUACAUCUCCAACUACCACAACACCGGCUCCAACCACCACAUCUGCAGACACCACCAUUCCAUCUCCAACCACCACAACUGCAGCCACCACAAUGCCGGCUCCAACCACCACAAAAACAGCCACCACAACUCCAGCUCCAUCCACCACAACAGUAGUCACAACCACUCCGGCUCCAACCACCACAACUGCAGCCACAACAACACCGGCUCCAACCACAACAACAGCAGCCACCACAACUCCAGCUCCAACCACCGCAACUGCAGCCACCACAACACCGGCUCCAACCACCACAACAGCAGUCACAACCACUCUGGGUCCAACCACCACAACUGCAGCCACCACAUCUCCAGCUGUAACCACCACAACUGCAGACACCACAACUGCAGCUCCAACCACCACAACUGCAGCCACCACAUCUCCGGCUGUAAUCACCACAGAUGCAGCCAUCACGACUCCAGCUCCAACCACCACAACAGCAGCCACCACAUCUCCGGCUGUAAUCACCACAGAUGCAGCCAUCACAACUCCAGCUCCAACCACCACAACAGCAGCCACGACAAGUGCAGCCAGCACAACGCUUGCUCCAACCACCACAACUGCAGCCACCACAACUCCAGCUCCAACCACCACAACUGCAGCCACCACCAUGCCGGCUCCAACCUCCACAACUGCAGCCACCACAACUGCAUACACCACAACUCCAGCUCCAACCACCACAACUGCAGCCACCACCACUCCGGCUCCAACCACCACAACUGCAGACACCACAACUCCGGCUCCAUCCACCACAACAGCAGCCACCACAACGCCGGCUCCAACCCCCACAACUGCAGCCACCACAACUCAAGCUCCAACCACCACAACAUUAGUCACAACCACUCCGGCUCCAAUCACAACAACUGCAGACACCACCACUCCAUCUCCAACCACCACAACUGCAGCCACCACAAUGCCGGCUCCAACCACCACAACAUCAGCCACCACAACUCCAGCUCCAACCACCACAUCAGCAGUCACCACAUCUACAUCUCCAACCACCACAACACCGGCUCCAACCACCACAACUGCAGCCACCAUCACUUUGGCUCCAACCACCACCACAGCAGCCACCACAUCUCCAGCUGUAACCACCACAACAGCAGUCACCACAUCUAUAUCUCCAACCACCACAACACCGGCUCCAACCACCACAACUGCAGCCACCACCACUUUGGCUCCAACCACCACAACAGCAACCUCCACAUCUCCAGCUGUAACCACCACAACUCCAACCUCCACAACUUCAUCUCCAACCACCACAACUGCAUCCAUCACAACUUCAACUCCAACCACCACAACUGAAUCCACCACAACUCCAACCACCACAACUGCAUCCACCACAACUACAGCUCCAACCGCCACAACUGGCUUGGUAUCACUGGCACAUCUACAGAUAAAGAUAACUUCCUAUGGAGAGGUCAACAAUGGAACCAUCAUUGAACUUGUUAAACAG